GGGCCUAAAGGCGGGCCCUGGGGGCCCUAGUUGAUGUCUGCGGCUCUGCGUCACUUAAAAUAAAUUAUUUUGCGUUUUCAUCUUUUCAAGUGUUGAAAAUAUGAUUUUUGAUUUUUUUUUUUUCUAUGGAAACAUUUUAAAUUUUUUCAAGGAUUUCCCUUCUAGCGUCAUAUUGAAUGAAAUCCCUGCUCUCUGCUCUCUUUAUGAAUAGUUUCGAUGCUGAUUUUCCAAUCAAAGUGAUUUAUAUCCUUGCAUGUACCUACCAGAGUACUGCACGGUUAAGUUAAAAUAGCCGGAUAACCGCCGGAGCUAUCGGCUAAUUCAACUACAGGUUACAAACUGCAGUUACUUUUGUCGGCGCGCGCAACCAGCGGUAAGUUAGGUUAAUAACCAUACGUUAACCGCAUUCGGUUCUCUGGUGUCUCAACAAUACAUUUUGGUGACUCAUCAAACAGAUAAGACAGAAUCGAACAUUACAUUUCCGAUAAGAGCGCAGUAUAAUCGCAGGUAGUUUAGUCAUUUUAACUACAAAAUUAUCCGCAUAGGCUAACGCUAAUAUAACUGCUUUUGGAUGAGUUAUAUUUGGUAGCUUACCGCACACGACACGCGACUAACGCAGAUAACUUUUAACUAUACCGUGCAGGACUCUGGUACCUACCUACACCAAAUCAAGAAUAGAAAAUGACCGAAUCCACUUCUCGAGUUCACGAUCUUGCUUAUCCGAGUCCGGUGACGCUGAAAGAAAUCUCAGCUAUCGCAAUCGUUGCGGAAUUACGGCGUGAAAAAGUCGCAAGUGCGGAAAUCAAGACUAAGGACGUGUUUGAUUUAGCCAAGGAUAUUCCGCUGAAACAGAUAAUCCCCAAUCUUCCGUCCAUGAUUUACGAUAUACUGGACGAAUACAUCGCCAAGUUGAAAUUAUUAUCGACUGCUCAUUGGACACGAUAUGUGAGCAAUUUCGAUGCUUUUGUAUGGGAUUGGAAUGGUGGUAUUGAUGAUGUUCGAACGGCCAAACGAAUGAUGCUGUGUGAUCGACUCGCUGCUGAUGAGAAAUUCGAAAUUGCUUCUAAAUACUGCCUGGAAGAUGAUAUUAGACGACUUUGGCCAUUUGUCAGCUCGAACAUUAAUUUGGAUCAGAGGUAUUUUAGACAUCGGCCACUACUGUACUACUGGGUUUACUGUCUCAGAAACGAACUACACAAUGUACGCAAUUUUUUUUAUGAAACAAUCGAUGAGACGAUGUUUUAUGUUUGCAAAGACAGAUGUCAGAGCUAUUCUUCUCUCGAGUACUUUUGGAAUCGAAUACCCUACGAAAGGCGAUCGCUAGCAAACGAGGCUAUGUAUUGUUACGAUUCCGGUCCAUUCGCAAGGUUCAUUCUACUAAGACUGGACGAUUUCCAACUUGAAACUUUUGUCGCUAAAGUAGGUGUUGACUUCAUGUUUCUCUUGUUAACCGAAAGUUGCCUAGAAACAAACCACGUUCUGCCUGCUUGGAUGUACAUUAGAAACAAAAUGAACGAAAGUCAGUUCAUCCAAUUAAUCGAGAAAUUGCUGAAACACGAGACUAUCGGAUUCUACGCUAAGGAGCGAUUGAAUUCUAGGGAUAAAGUUCAUUUUUUAUGCUGUGAAGUAUGGAAAAAUUCUGCCGAGAAUUUGAAGCGAUUGGCAAUAAAUGAUGUAUUAUGGAAUGAAGAAUUGUUCAAGAAAACGAGUACAUGGCCAUCUUGCCCCAGAGAAAUGAGAUUCUUGAUCACAAUUCUGUCGGAUGUCAGUUUUGAACAAAGGAACACAUUUUGGUGCAAAAAUUGGCGUAAUUUGAUCAUCGGUGCUCGUGUCGAAAGUUUGUUGAGAUUAAUGAAUUUAUGUUUCCGGGAUGAAAACGAUAUCAGUUUAUUUAUACAGCAAUAUAUUUCUAAGCGGGAAAAUAUCGUCCCAUAUUGCGUCCAGUUGUUGGAAAAUGCAUGUUUCGACGUAUCGAGCGAGUUCUUGUCUUUUUGUUAUUCGAAUAACCAGCAGCAAGUAAGAGAGUUGAAACAGCAACUGUUGAGGUCAAGGUUUCUCGGUGAAAAUUCUAUUCUUCGUUCGGAUAUUAUCGGUUAUGGUAAAGAGAUGAAUGCGUUCGUCGAAGACGCCUUUGAAGACGUCGAUGUUCGUGCUGAAUUCAAAAAUCAAUUCGUUUCAUCGCCUCCAACUCAGAAAUGUUUUUCCGAUUGUAUUCGCUCUGGUGACUUCGAUCGUCUGAUACAAUUCGUUGAAGCAUUUGUACCGGAUGAACGAGAUGUUGAUGUUUUGAAGCUACGUUUUUUGGAUAAUUUCACCGAGCAUCUGGUCUGUGGAGUUAUGUGGACAAUGGAGGGUGAUAAAUUACAAAAAUUUCUUCUCUGGUUGUUGAAUAGUGAAGAUGAGAUCGGUAAAUUCAAACAGUCGUUAUCAGUAGAUGAUAUAAUUUGUAAUUUGAUACGGCUUGAGGUGGAGCAGGCGAUCCGACAAUGCAUAGGUGGUAUGGGAUGUCCUGUGAAAUACCCUGAUAGUCUGCGUGAUUUUUUGAACUGGUAUUUUAAUAAUAAUGCUGAAGAGAUUCGAAAAAUUAACGAAAGGUACUCUGAUGAGUUAAAGAUGUUCCGUCGUUGAUAAUAGUAUGGUUUUUUGAAACUUCUUCGUUUUCAAAUUACCAAUAAGUUGGAAAAUUACGUGCGAUCUUUCGUGAAUAACUGAAGUGCCUAUUUUAUUUUUAAUGUUUAUCUACUAUUAAUAUAAUGAUCUGGUACUAUUAUUCAUCAUGUUUUUAUCAAAUUGUUAUUAGUAGGGUGUAUUAAACCCGUCGAGUUAUUGACUAUUAUUUUA